GUUGAAAUGGGAAGUAGCCAACAUUUUAUAAGGAAGUAGAGAAAUAACGGUCGAAGAAACAUGUUUGAGCUGAGUGAGCUGUGACUUACAUCUAAAAUGAGUCUCUCUGGGGAGAGAGAGGAGGAGACCACUGCCUCUAAAACGAGUCUCUCUGGGGAGAGAGAGGAGGAGACCACUGCCUCUAAAACGAGUCUCUCUGGGGAGAGAGAGGAGGAGACCACUGCCUCUAAAAUGACUCAAGACACCAGUUCUAAGAGUGUCCAGAAGCCCAAAGCAGAGUUACCUACAACCAGCCUGCUAUCAAUGAAGAGUGAUCAGCCACCUGCUUUCAGCCAGGAACCAUUACCAGAUGACAAUAAGGAAGUGGAGAGUUUGGACAGUGAAGAUGCAUUAAAGAUCACACACAACCUUCUGGACAGAAGAAGUCAAACUCUGCUGACAGUCCAACAAGACAUUAAGGCUAAACUGAAACAUAAGUAUCAACACGUAUCUGAAGGAAUUGGACACCAUGGAAACCAAAGUCUGUUCAAGGACAUCUACACAGAGCUCUACAUCACAGAGGGUGGAAGUGGAGGGCUCAAUAAUGAACAUGAGGUUAGACAGAUAGAGAUGGCAUCCAAGAAACAAACCACACGAGAGACACCAAUCAAAUGCAACGACAUCUUCAAGCCUUUACCUGGACAAGACAAACCUAUCAGAACUGUGCUGACAAAAGGAAUCGCUGGUGUUGGAAAAACAGUCUCUGUGCAGAAGUUCAUCCUUGACUGGGCAGAGGGAAAAGCAAACCAGGACGUUCAUUUCAUGUUUCCUCUUCCUUUCCGUGAUCUGAACCUGAAAAAGGACCAAUACAGUCUGAUGCAACUUCUUUCCCACUACUUCCCAGAGCUGAAAGAGAUUGACAGCAUUGAAGAUGGUGAAACCAAAACUGUUUUCAUUUUUGAUGGUCUGGAUGAGUGUCGACUUCCUCUAGACUUCAAAAACAAUGAGAAGUGCUGUGAUGUCACACAGCCAACCUCAGUGGAUGUGCUGCUGACAAACCUCAUCGAGGGGAAUCUGCUUCCCUCUGCUCUCCUCUGGAUAACUUCAAGGCCUGCAGCAGCCAAUCAGAUCCCUCCUGAGUGUAUUGACCAGCUGACAGAGGUACGAGGGUUCAAUGAUCCACAGAAGGAGGAGUAUUUCAGGAAGAUAAUCCCAGAUCAGAAUCUGGCCAAUGAAAUCAUCAAACACAUGAAGACAUCAAGGAGCCUCCACAUCAUGUGCCACAUGCCAGUCUUCUGUUGGAUAUCAGCCACUGUCCUUGAGAUGAUACUGAAAGAGGCAGAGAAGGAUGAAGUCCCCAAAACUCUGACCCAGAUGUACUCACACUUCAUUCUCAUCCAAAUCAUUGUGAAGAAUAAGAAGUACAACAAAGCAACAGAGACAAACCCAAAGGAACUGUCUCAGUCAGACAAAGAGAUGAUCCUGAAACUGGGAAAGCUGGCUUUCCAACAGCUGCAGAAGGGCAACCUGAUCUUCUAUGAGGAGGACCUGAGAGAGUGUGGCCUUGAUGUCACAGAGGCAUCAGAGUACUCAGCAUUGUGUAGAGAGAUCUUUAAAGAAGAAUCUGGGCUGUACCAAGACAAGGUCUACAGCUUUGUGCAUCUGAGCAUUCAGGAGUUUCUAGCAGCAGUGCAUGCUUUAGAAUCAUGUCUGGACAAGAAGGAAAAUGUUUUCUCCCCCACUAGUGAUGAAGAGAAGGAGUCAAUCCAGUUGUCUGACUUACACAGGAGAGCAGUGGACCAGGCCUUGAAGAGUGAGAAUGGACACCUGGACCUGUUCCUCCGCUUCCUUCUGGGUCUCUCACUGGAGUCCAAUCAGAAUCUGUUACGAGGCCUUCUGACACAGACAGGAAGUACAACACAGACCAAUGAGGAAACAGUUGAGAGAACAGUCACGUACCUUUCAGACAAGAUCAAAAGGGAAUCUUCACCAGAAAGGAUCAUCAACUUGUUCCACUGUCUGAAUGAACUUGGUGCCAACUCUCUAGGUGAAGACAUGCAGACCUCCAUGCGAUCAGGAACUCUUUCAGAAUCAAGACUAAAACCUGACCAAUGUUCAGCCCUGGCCUACCUGUUACUGAUGUCAGAGGAGGUGCUGGAGGAGUUUGACCUGAAGACAUACAACACAACAAAGGAAGGUUAUCAGAGGUUGCUGCCGGUAGUGAAAACCUGCAAAAGAGCACUCCUGGAUCGCUGUAAACUGACAUAUGAAUCCUGUGAGACUCUGACCUCAGCUCUGCAGACACCAAACUCCCCCCUGAGAGAACUAGACCUCAGCAACAAUGACCUGGGAGACAGAGGAGUGGAGCUGCUCUGUGUUGGACUAACCAGUCCACUCUGCAACAUACAGACACUAGUUCUAGGUCAGUGUGGUCUGACAGAGGGUUGCUGUUCAGAUCUGGCCUCAGUCCUGAGUUCACCCAACUCACAACUGAAACAACUGGAGCUGAGAGACAAUGACCUGCAGGACUCAGGAGUUACACUGCUGUCUGCUGGACUGGAGGAUCCAGACUGUAAACUACACACACUGGGGCUGUCUGGCUGUCUGGGCACAGAGGAGGGCUGUGCUGCUCUGUCUUCAGCUCUGAGGUCCAACCCCUCCCACCUGAAAGAGCUUGACCUGAGCUACAAUCACCCAGGAGACUCUGCAGGAGGACUGCUUUCAGCUGCUCUGGUGGAUCCCACAUAUAAACUGAUGAAGCUGAAUGUGGAUCAUGGUGGAGAGUGCAGGCUGAAAUCAGGGCUGAGGAAGUAUGCCUGUCAUCUCACCCUGGACCCAAAUACAGUAAACCCAAACCUGAUACUGUCUGAGGGGAACAGGAAGGUGACACGGGUGGAAGAGAAGCAGCAUUAUGAAGACCAUCCAGACAGAUUUGACUAUCAUUCCCAAGUUCUCUGCAGAGAAGGCUUAUCUGGAUCUCGUUAUUACUGGGAGGUUGAGAGGGAUGGUACCGAGGCUGUCAUUGGUGUGGUGUAGAGGACUGAAGAGAAAGGGAAAGGAGGAUGACUGUAGGAUUGGAGCCAAUAAGAAGUCCUUGAGUUUAUUCUGCUAUGAAAGAGGUUAUGAAUUGAAAGUCUUUUUCCAUGCUAGAGUCUGGAGAUCCAUCUCUGGUCCUGUUUCUAAGAGAGUUGGAGUGUAUCUGGACUGGCCAGCUGGUACUUUGUCCUUCUAUAGUGUGUCCUCCUCU